GGGAGGGGGUCCUUCCCGGGGUGACAUUCAGGCGGCGGUCUGGGGCCACGGAGUUUCCAUCCCAGAGCCAUGGCCCAGUUUGUCCGUAACCUCGCGGAGAAGGCUCCGGCACUGGUUAAUGCUGCUGUGACUUACUCCAAACCUCGAUUGGCCACAUUUUGGAGCUAUGCCAAGGUUGAGCUGGUUCCUCCAACCCCUGCUGAGAUCCCUACAGCUAUUCAGAGCUUGAAAAAAAUAGUCAAUAGUGCUAAAACUGGUAGCUUCAAACAGCUCACAGUUAAGGAAGCUCUGCUGAACGGUUUGGUGGCCACUGAAGUGUGGAUGUGGUUCUAUGUUGGCGAGAUCAUAGGCAAGCGUGGGCUCAUUGGCUAUAAUGUUUGAAGACCAAUCUUUAACAUCUGAUUAUAUUUGGGCUUUUUGUGUAUUGGACCAUGUGUGGUCAGAAGGGUAUUUGAAUAAAUGAAUGUGUCAAAAUUAA